CACUCAAUACCACCAUACAUACCCAUGUACCCAUAUACCAUUUACACCACAACACCCAACCUGCUUCCAACCAACGCGAUGAUUCUUUUCAGUAUGCUUCGCGCUCGCGACACACGCUCAGCUCAACUUUAAGCUUCCUCCUAUCUUCAUCAACAUCUAUUCCAUUCGAUUCAAAUAACGCCGCUGCAGCAGGAUUAAAUGUUCCCAGUGAUAUUUACAACGUUUCCUCAAUUAUAAUCCGCUCUCCUACGAUAUUUUUCGAAACCCGACAUGCCUUGAAUAGUUCUCAUCAGUGCAUCACGACGAUAUUCUUAUAUUGUGGAUCGUAGUUUCAGUGAAAAUGACUUAAAACUAGCAGUAGAGGGAACGCAGUCCAUAACAGAUUCUUCUAGUAUAUUUAAAAGUUCAGUUUUCAGUGGAUGUGAGCAGAUUUAGAUGUAUUAUCUAAGUUAUUAUGAUGAUGGUAGGAAUAAAGGAGAUGUGCGGGGAGGAUAUCAAGAGGCACGGAGGCGAAUUGAAGGUACUGGACCAGCCGAGACUGAGCGGAUUGUGCGACGGGGGUUUACCGCCCCUUGGCGCUCUGACGGGUGGUGGAGGCGGCGGCGGCAGCUCCAGCGACGGAGAUAAACCUGCCAAGCAAAAGCGGCACAGGACGCGAUUCACGCCGGCUCAACUGAACGAACUCGAGAGAUGCUUCUCAAAGACACACUAUCCAGACAUCUUCAUGAGGGAGGAGAUUGCUAUGCGAAUAGGACUCACCGAAUCACGCGUCCAGGUUUGGUUUCAAAACCGCAGGGCGAAAUGGAAGAAGAGGAAGAAGACCACAAACGUCUUCAGGACACCAGGAGCACUGCUGCCCUCUCACGGAUUGCCGCCUUUCGGUGCAAUGGGUGACGGUAUAUGCGGCACAAGCAUGUUCAGCAGUACGGAAUCGCGAUGGGGUGUCGCAGGCAUGGCCACAGGUUUAGGUCAGCUAGGACAAAGCGGUGUAUCGAUGAGCGGUUUCGGUCAAUCUUUGGGUCAACUUAAUCAGAGCUCCGGGUUAAGUCCUGCCCUGCCCAUAAGCACGGCCGCUGCCAGUACUAUCUACCAAGCACACUACGGACUUAAUUCACUAGGUGACAGUAUGAUGACAUACUGUAACAAUAGCAGUAAUGCAGGUGGCGGCGGUGGUGGUAGCGGCGGAGGGGGCGGUGCGGGCAGCUCUCCACCCCCACAGAUCGCGUGCUCCAGCGCAGCGACGCCACCGGUGACGGCCGGUGGUUCCCCCAACGACCAAGAAGACGAUGUCUGGCGGGGCCAAAGCAUAGCGGCGCUCAGAAGGGCAUCUGCCUCUUAUUUACAAAUCAACUAUGAUACGCACAACAACGCAUCUGUCUACUAAGCGCAAAGCGAAUUGAAUGAACUGCAAAACACGAUCAAUGGAGAAACAAGCUGAGAAAGAGAGGCAAAUACGUACUAAAAGAACGCCAACAUCUUUUCAAAAGAAAUCCCGCCUACAUUCCAUGUAUAAAAUUAAUUUAAGAUUAUUAUGUUUUCUUAUUUAUUUGUCAAUAGGUGAAUGUUAAAGGAACCGAGCUGCAAGAGCAAUGAGUAAAAGACAGCAAAGAAAAAAAAAGUAAUGUUUUCCAUUUAAAAAUGUCGUUUCGUAAUUGGAGAAAGGGUAGUAUACAAACAGAAAUAAGAAUAAAAGUAAAGUUAAACGUACAUACAUAUAUAAAUAAGAGACACCUUUUCUAACCCAGAUGAAACUUAGAGAAAAGGUGCUGUAAGUGUGAAUAAUAAGUUUCCUGUAUUUAAUUAAUCUUUAAGAAUAAACGUUAAUUGAA